AUGCCCGGGCUUGGCUCGCCGCCCGCCCACCCCGCCCCGCGGCCGCCGAGAGAGGGCAGCAGCCGACCGCAGCAUCCCCGCCCCGCAGUCCGCCGGGCCGAACAUCUUUUGCUUUUGGAACAAAACAAGCGGUACGCACGACGCACGUCGAAGUCUCCCCGGGAGGGGAGGUUUUUCCAGAGUGCCAAGCAGAGGCUGCAGCGCGUCUCCACCCACCCGGGCGCUCUGGGGGCGGCCCAGCUUGUGGAAGGGGGGCAGAUAAGGGAGAGCCAGCGCUCGCCCGGUGGAGUGGAGGUGGGGGCCAGGGCCAGGGGCCUAGGCUCCGAGUUUCUACCCAAGUUUGGCCCGCGCCGGGGAGCCGCCCCGACCCCAGCACCGCUUGGCAAAGACACCCGCGGCCCCGGAAAGCAGGCGCAGAGCCGAGGGAAGAGGAAAGAACCGCCCGGGAGAAUUGCUGGGGCCGGCGCCUGCUGCCCUCCCCGGGCGCUGGUCCGGCCGAUGCGCUCAGGGGCCUGGCUGGAGGGGAGCAAGUGUCCGUGCGAAGGAAAGGCGGUGAGGCGAGGGGUGAGCCCCCCAGAAAUAAGUGCAGCCGCACGGAGCCGGCGGGAUCUCUUCUAUCCGCCGCGGUGCGGUCCUCACCCCACACCUCACAUCCCGCGUCUGAUCUGCGGGAUGAUCCGCCUGUUUGCGAAGACGGAGCUGCGUUUAAGGAACUGCUGA